CCCCCCUAAAUCUUAAAAUAGGAUCUCAACCUCCUCGAUCCCACCUCGUCUCGAUCCUGCUGUUUCCAACUUCACAUUUUGUCUCUCCUACCAUACAUUUCAAAAUUCACCUUUUUUCCAAUUCACACUCGUUUUUGCUUGCCAUAUCCAUUCCGAUUCUACAAAAGCUCACCAGGUCUUAUCUUAAAUCUACAGCAAACAUGCGUUUCUCCACCAUCUUCCUGUCCACGGUCGUCGCCGCCCUCUCUGUCCAGGCUCAGGCCAACAACGGAACUGCCACCACCGUGAGCCCAGUUGUCUCCGGAACCGCAAAGCCCAACGCAGGCCAGCAGGCCACCACCGUCUGCCUCGAGGCUUGCCCCUCCAACGACAACGACUGCCGCGCCAAGUGCCAGCUCCUCGCCAACUCCGUGAACCCCAAAAUUGACUGCCAGGCCGCCUGCCCCAAGGGUGACGGCAGCGCUGCCGCCAACCUGUCCUACAGGAACUGCUUCCAGAGCUGCGCCUCCAUCUCUCCGGAGCCAACCGCCUCUGAGACUUCCCGUGCUGUUGCUUCCUCUACCCCAACUGGCACUGGAUCUGGAUCUGGAACUGGAACUGGCUCCGGCACUGGCUCCGGCUCUGGUGGGGCCUCUUCGUCCGGCUCCGGCUCCGACGUGAAGGCCUCCGGCACCGGUGCUGCCCCAUCCGCCACCAAAACCGGUGCUGCCGCCAACAUGGCCGUCAGCGUCUCCGUUGGUGCUGGUCUCGGUCUGUUCGCCAUGAUGCUCGCAUUGUAA